GUACACCUUUGCAUGGCUGACCGAUGCAAGAAAAUUUUUGUCAUGGCUGCUAAUUUGGCGGGGGUUGUCAAAUUAUAUCAAAGUUGAGUUUGUUUUGAUCCUCUAGAGAAUGAAAAAUACAAUUUGCUUACAGAUUUCUAUCCAAGAACUCAAUCAGUGAUUUAUGAUGGAAGAUGAUGACAUGUUUUUAGUUAUUGUUGGCGACGAGUCAGGGGAAGUGGAUAUUCCACUGCCGAUACAAAUAAAACAGGAAUAUUUGGAAGAGGAAGAAAAUGUUCCCGUAGAAGAUUUAUUAGAGAAAGCUGAAAAGCAUGGCCAAUAUAUUAAAAUUGAAAUCGAGCCUAAAACCGAACUUGAAUAUCUUGAUAGCGAUGAACCUCAGUUCAACGAGUAUUUAGAGACGAUCAAGCCAGAGGAACCUUCAGAAGACUAUGAAUUAGAUUACACAGCAUAUGAUGAUGAAUAUGUACCGGAAGAGAUUGAAAGAAAGCCAAAGAGAGAAAAGUCACGGAGAGCCAUGCUCAAAGUCCAUGAGCAAAAGUCUUUUGUAGAGGACUUGAGGGACCAGUAUCCUGAACUGAGGAAAAAUAAAAAGUUGUUGGUGAAGACUUUGUGUGAGAUAAUGAGGAGUGUGAAGCGUCCACCAUUACCACAGGGUUACUUUGUCCAGAAUGAAGCAUUUUUCGAUUGCCCUCAGUGUGGUCACCAGUCAGAGACGUUACCAGCAGCCGGUCGCCACUACCAAGAGAAACAUGGUCCACGGUAUCUAAUAUGUUAUGCGUGCGGAGUUGAUUUCAGGAGUACAACAAACUUGUAUAAACACGAGAAGCGGUGUACAGCGCGGGACAAGCGAGUGGUGUUGAAGGCUCGCGCUGCUUUCCUCGGCAAUAAGGGCAGGAGUCGACCGUACCUCGACUACCGCUUCACGCAGCCGCCCAGGGUGUCAUUCCCACGGUUCACAUGCACGGAGUGCUCAGCAGAAUUCUAUACGAAGAACAACCUGAUGUCCCACACAUAUCUGCACCGUGGUGAGAGACCGUUCCAGUGUCACGAGUGUCCCGCCGCUUACACCUCCUACUCCGCGUUAGUCCGUCACGUGAAGAAACACUCAGAUGAACAGUACAUUUGUGAUCACUGCCAGCGUUCCUUCAAGAUGAAGGCGGCACUCGUCGCCCACAUGGACACACACCGGGCGGUUCGUAAGUUCGGUUGUGACCUGUGCGAGCGUCGGUUCGCGCAGAAGCAAGCGCUGCAGCUGCACGUGGACAGGGUGCACAGGAACCUGCCGCCGCCUCACGCGUGCCAGAUAUGUCCCAAGAGGUAUCCACGUAUGUCACUGCUCAAAACACAUAUGAAGAAUGAACACGGAUUGGCCAUAAUGACUCGGAAGAUGUUCUUCAAAAAGUUACCUAUGCUAAGCGAAGCAGAGAUGAAACAAGCCGCGAAGAUUGUGUUCAAAAGCGACACACCGCGACAAAAUUACUUCAAGAAGCUAGAUGAGGACAAUAUAGACCUAAUGGAAGAUGUAAAGAAUGAACCAACGCAAGAGAAUAAUUUUAUAUUACCAGACAAUCCUAAUGCAGAAGAUAUUGUGGAAUAUUUCAAGCAAAUGUCUGGAUAUGAAGAUAAUGUUACGGAUAGUGCCAAAACUUACGUUAUCGAGAAUGGUGAAGUUGUAGAAAUACGUAUUGAGAGUGAACAGUGAUGUUUUGUGUAGUCAUUGAUUGACUUGGUGAUUGGAAAUUCGGGAUUAUUAAUGACUUAUAACUUAGCUCAAUUGGUAGAGGAUUUCCUCAUGAGCGUGCUGAAUUGAUUUUGUGUGCAAUUUUUUUAAAAAUAUUUGUAAAUUAGGCAAUGCUUGACCUUGCGCUACUUUGUUUUUAUGAUUUAAAUGGUUGUUACCAGUCCUAUUACUACUCGAGCCUUAUUACAAUGGUUUAAAGAUUAUCAAAUUGCUUUUAGCAAAUAUUGGAAGUACAAAAUUGAGCAGUAAAUAUUACACUUGAAAAUAGAAAAAGAUAUAAUACUCAGCAGUGACAAUCUCACAUUGCUUCAGAAAGAGAUAUUCAAUUAGUUUUGACUUCGUAGAGCGAUGUCUCUCACUCACACUCUCAUGUUGUUUUGUGGACUUUCCGGAUCUCGUAUAUUUUGAUAUGUAUACUACAAUAUCUAAACUGACUUAUUUUCUGUGGAUUCCUGAACAUGGUCAAGCCAUAUUUAUAGGGAGUUGGUUAAGUGUUACAGUAGAUAAUGCAUAUUAAAAGUUAUCACAUUUGUAAAUUGAUUGAAUACAUAUUUAUAUUUAGUUUUAAAGAUACACAAGGUUGCCUGCCAGGUUUGAACACUCAGAUUUUGUCUGUUCUGAUGUGAUUUGUGACCUCAUAUAAAAAAAAGUACAAUUUUAUUCUUAUUGGCACUGAAAAACAUGUUAAAAAUUUCAUGGUAAUUCUAUGUGUUGUUUUCAAGAUGGAUAGCUUCUUAGUGAUUAUCAAAUCACAGUUUUUGAGAAUUAACUAAUGGAUCUAAGAUGUCUUUGUGAUGUUUUUUUUUAUUGACGCAUAUAUCGUUUGAUCACGGUUUCAGUCAAACAAGUUAAAGCUAUAGAUGUCUUUAAGCAUUUUUUGCCACUUGGAACAGUACAUAAAAAGCUGGUUUACUACCCUGGCUCACCUGCCUUUUUGUGAUAUUAAAUAUUUUAUUGAUUUAUAUGUG